GAAAUUUACAUUUCUUUGCGCUUUGUGAAAAAAGGAAAAAAUAUAACAAAUUUUUUUAAAAUUUUAAAUAUUUAUAAAGAGAAAUAUUGUUAAAUAUAAUAGAAUAUAUGUGAAAAGUAGAAUUUUCAUUAAAAUAACUAAAGUAAACACGUGUUUUCGACAGCUGGAAGAAGGUGACAAUAAAUGUGCCGUUAUUAAGUUGGCAUAUACAACAGGAGUCAAUGUCAAGGAGCUCGUGGUCUUUUUAUAAAAGAUUUUUGUAUAAUAUCUCCUAAACAGAAGAGAUUUUUACUAAGUAUUUCGCAGUUUAUACAUCUCCCAUUGAAGUCUUCUCCAGCUGCCGUUUAGGGUUUGUCUACAUCUUCAAUCUAUCAACAUUGUGCUUUGUACAAAAUAUGGAUCAAAUGACUUCAUCCUAUCCACAUACAGAUGCCCAGAACUAUAGAGAAAAUAAUAAUUUUGCUGAAACUUUAAGAAAACGCUAUCUAAAAGCCACAGAGUUAUUGUUCAAGAUUAAGCAAAAUGCUCGUUAUCGCAAGCGUCCUAUAUACGAUAAAAAAGAUCGAGAAAGAUGUGAAAAAACCAUUAUGGAAUACCGUGAGUAUUUAAGAACCCAAGAUAGAUUAAAAGUUGCUCAAGCUAGGAGAGAAAAAGAGGCUCAACAGAGGCAAGAGCAUAGAGAAUUCAGUUAUAAAGAACAGUCCGAAAUAAGAAAGAAUAGAAAUGAACUGUGUAUGGCUUUGGUUAAUGAAAAACAAGGAAACCGGCAACCAGUAUCUGCAUCUCAAUGGCCAAUGAUAGAAACACAUAUAAGUGAUAUACUAUUUAAAUAUCUAUUACAUAAUAAAAAUGGUCCUAUACCACGUUACGAUUCGGGUGAGAUAUAUCGUGGUUACUAUUUGAUACAGUGUAAGGAUGAGUUCUCCAAGGAGUUUCUCUGCAACUGUAUGUCACAGGUUAAAGAUGUCUUUAACGAUUUAAGCUUAAAUGUUAUAGAAAUUGAUAAAAUACAUUAUUCUAAUGAAUACUCCCACAAUAGUCCCAGUCCAUCAUCUGUAGGUGAAAAGUCUGCGUCUUCAAAUGGACCCAUUGAUGAACGUAGACGUUAUAUAACUUCUUUGGAACGUUUAAAAUUUUAUGCUGGAUUGGGUCAGUUAACACGCAACGAACGUAAAAAUCUAAAAAGAAUUAAACGUUUCAUUAGGGAUUAUGAAGAACGUAAUGGUUUGCCAGCUACACCAAUGGAUAACAUUGGAAAUGGUCAACAACAAAAUGAACAAGGUUUUCAACUCUCAGUUAAUUAUGGUAGUUUAAGAGAACAAAUGGAAGAUUUUUCUCAAGGUUCCUGCGAACGAUGGUCAUCUAGCAAUCAAUUGCCAAGUGAUGAACAAAAUUCUCAAAGUUGGGGUGCUUGGAACUCGCGACAAAUGCUGCCUGAAAGUUUUCCACAAAGAAGUGAUAGUUCCUCUUUUAAUAAUUCAAACUUUGUGGGUGAAUUUCCCUUUAAUUCUGCAAAUAACUAUAACACAGAAAUGGAAUCAAAUUGGAGGCCAGAUAACACAUGGAACUGUACAACACAACAUAGCUUUUCUGAUACAAGAGAAAACGUUCAAAAUAACUUUGAGUUUAGGAACGAACAAAGAUCAAAUAGUUUUUGGAAUUACGAAGAUUCACAGGCAAAUGAUUAUCAUGGAAAUAGACAAGAAUUUGAUUUCAAUGGAAGAUAUAAUCAAUAUAAUCGCCCUGAAAUGAGAAGAAAUAAUCAAGACGUUGACUUUAAUGAAAGAAGAAACUAUGAUGAAGAAUCAAAUCAAUAUGAUCGCCCCGAAAUGAGAAGAAAUAAUCAAGACUUUGACUUUAAUGAAAGAAGAAACUAUGAUGAAGAAUCAAAUCAUUAUAAACGCCCUGAAAUGAAAGCAAAUAGUCAAGGAAGAGAAAGUUUCAUGCCAGUUAAUAAUAACUAUGAAACAGUACAAUCAUGGAGAGAAAACCAAAUGGCAAAUAAUGCAUGGCAAUAUGAAGAGCCAAAUGAAACAAACUACACUUCUCUCAAACGCCAAUCUAUGAGUUCAAACUUUAAUCAGGAAUACCAAAAUUCUUCUCAACAAUUAAACUCUUUUGCAGCAAGUUCCAGCAGAAAUAUGAUGACAAAUAGUUCUUGGAAUAACACUAGUCCAGCUGAUAGAAUACAAACGAAUAAUGAGGAAGAACCAUCUAAAAUGCGAUUGGAAAAACAAGUUAUUGAAUUAUUAAAUGCAUUGGGUGCAAAUAAACUUCCAGUUGCCUCAACUCAAUUACAAAUUCCUAAAGAAAGUCACAAUUUAGGAAAACGUAAGUCUGAUUUAAAAGCAACCGAAGUAAUAAACUUAUCGGAUGAUAGCGAUCACGAGGAGAAGGUGGAGAAAAAAGCUGAAAUGGAAUAUUAUAAAGCUUUAGCCAAAUUGAGAAAAUUCGAAAGUCGUGCUAACGAAACUUUAACCGAACAAGAGAAAUUCUUUAAAGAAACCAGUGAAUUUAUUGUCAGACAAUAUGAAACUAAAUUUUGCUCAAAGCCAAGACAACAAACAAACAACAUCAACAACAACCAGUUGCAGGAGAAUCUAAAUGAAAGCCAAAACAAUAAAACAACAAAAUGGAACUCAGUCACAAACAAUAACUAUACUGAACCACAAACAACAGAAAGUUCUAAACAAUUGAUUAGUUACCCAAAUCCCACACUUCGUAAGCUAACUACAAACUCCAAUCGUUCUCAUGUUAACAAUGAUACACAAUUACAAAUUGCCAUAAUCGAUCGUAAUGAACCGGAUCUAAGAUUAAGCAAACGAUUGUGGACACAAUUGGAGACAGAACUUUUUAAAACUUUACGCUAUGAAGUGGAAAAGACAAAUAACAAAAAUUUACGACAAUUUAAUGCUAAACAAUGGCUGAAUGACUUUAAAAUAGUUAAAUGUGAAAAUAUACAAGCUUUAGAUUUCAUUAAAAGAUUCAUAAACAAACAAACACUCCUUAAUAGCCGUUUAAAAUAUGAUGUUAUACCUGUUAGUGAGUUACCCAAACAAGCUAUUGUUAGAGUUUGGAUACCGCCACCAAAUGAAGACGAUAUGUCAUUGCUAAGAAAUUUAAAGGAACAAAAUCAAGCAUUACAUUCCAGAAGCUGGACUCUGAAAAAUAGUCGAGAAAGACUGCAUAACAAUGGCAAAGAUUUGUAUAUUUACAUUUCGCCUCUAUCUGUGGAAAAGUUGAGCUUUUGUCAAGGUGAAAUACGUUAUGGUAAUAAACGUUUGAAAAUGGAGCUGUUAGAUGAGCAGGUUUAAAGAAAGUUUGUUAUUUAACAAAUUCAACAAAUUUCAAAGUAAGUUGGCAAAGCUAGUUACUUAACAUUAAAUCUUAUAUUUUAUUUAAAUUUACUCUUUUUCUUUCUUUUAGUUUUAAUAUAAUUUUAUGAAUUAACUAAAUAAAAAAAGCUGGAA